AUGUCAAUCAAAACUCCCUACCCGACGGAGGACGAGCCACGUCUCAAACUAGAACCCGACGACAAGCUCGAGAACCAUACCGUCGUGCUCGUGACGGGAGCCAACUCUGGCCUCGGCUACUCAACCUGCCUCCGCCUAAUCGACGAAUUCGCCAAAGACCCGGCCAAUAACAGCAAACAACUAACCCUCAUAUUCACCACGCGCCGUCCACCCGCGCAAGUCCAGACGCUCAAAGAUGACAUGCGAAAUUAUGCCGUCCGUCUCGGAACUCAGGUCGCAGCACGUAUAAACAUCCUCGCCGAAACCGUCGAUCUACUCAAUCUACCCUCCAUUCGCGCGCUCUCCAUACGCCUAAAUCGCAACUUCCCCAAACUCGACUCCAUAAUCCUGAACGCGGGCAUAGGUGGUUGGUCAGGCAUAAACUGGCCCGUGGCCAUCUGGAAUGUGCUGACCGAUACACUCCACGCCGCAACGUGGCCGAGUUUCAAGCUCGGGUACGUCGGUAUGGUGGUCCCGAAACAGACCCAAUCACCGAAGGAAAACCCAUUGGGAUCGGUGUUUUGCGCAAAUGUGUUUGGGCAUUAUAUGCUUUCUCAUAAUGUGAUGCCGUUACUUAGACGGUCGAAGAGUCCCGGACGCGUGAUUUGGGUUGGUAGUGUCGAGGCGAGGGCCGAGUCGUUUGAUGUCGAGGACAUACAGGGACUGAGAACGGACGUGUCGUAUGAAAGCUCGAAGACGCUGACGGAUAUAUUGGCUUUGACGUCAGAUUUGCCGAGUACCGCGCCAUGGGUGCGGAAAUUUCUGUCCGCCGAUGAUGAAGCAGAAACAGAAACAGGAACAGAUGCAGAAUCAGCAGCGCCUGUCACAUAUCUCAGCCACCCAGGCGUCUGCGGCACAUCGAUUGUGCCCCUUAUCCUUCCGCUGUACUGGUCCUUUGUAGCUAUUAUGUAUCUUGCGCGCUGGUUAGGGUCGCCCUGGCACACCAUCUUCCCGUACCCAGGCGCCAAUUCACUCGUCUGGCUCGCGCUGAGUCCACAAUCAACCCUCGACGCAGCCGAGAAACCAUAUCGGGACCGAGGUGGCGGACACGCGAAAUGGGGCUCUUCGGUCGACUUUUGGGGACGGCCACUUGUGGCUAGUACCGAGACGGAUGGGUGGGGGUAUGGCGGCGUCGUUGAUGGAGAACAUGUCGUAGAGGCGGAUAGAGUGAGAAGAAGGCGGAGGGGCAUGAAGGUUGCGACUGCAGAGGAUAAAGUAAGGUUUGAGGAACUGGGGAGGGAGUGUUGGCGGCAGAUGGAGGAGCUGAGGGUUGAGUGGGAUGGAUUGCUUGAUACGCUUGAGUCGUAG